GUCAAACGGUGACAACUUUAACAGCAGUGAGCUCUAUGUAGCAACCUUGAGCAGUGAGUGUCGCGACUGUUAAUGUUAGACUGUGUGUCAUACUAACAAAUGUACACCGUGGAGAUAAAUAAGCAGAGCCUGACUGCAGUAAUGGACCACGAAAAAACUAUUUGGAUAAAAGAGGAAACAAGUGAGAUAUCAAGUUCACCAGGCUCCAUUGUCCAAGUAUACCCCUCUAGUGUGAAAAUAAAGGAAGAACCACAGGAGACUGGGAAUCAAGAGUUACUUCAAGAUCCAUUAAAAAUUGAGGCUCCAUUUUACAACACAAAGGAAGAUCCAGGACUGAAAUUGAAUUAUCUGGCAGACCCAUUUAUAGCCUCGGGGUCCACUGAUCAUAUUAAGGAGGAUUCAGUACUAAAUUUGGGAGCAGAAGAAAUUGAGACUUUUAUGUUCAGCAAUCCCGAAUAUGAUCCUGUGGGAGUUAAGAUGGAGGAGGUGGAAGCCUCAACAAGAUAUGCAUCUGAUAGUGCAAGAUUGACUCAGACUACUGGUGGGAGCUGUGGCAUAACAUGUGAAGAAAUUUAUCACCAUGGGCUGGUCCAGGAUGAUUCGGUGAUAGACAAGGAGAAGUCAACACAUGAGUUUGGUACAGAAAAUGUGACUAUUGAUGAGGAAUGCUCAGUUGCCACCCAAUAUGACUGUAGUAAGAGAGAAAAGGAAUUACUUCUAUAUAGCUGUGAUUUCUGCCAACAGAACUUUCCUUCAAAAUACAGACUCAUAAUGCAUGUGUUUAUGCACAUUGAUGGCAUGCAGCCACCUUUGUAUGUUUGUAAGUGGUGUGGUGAGGUAUUUCACAGUAAGGUUAGUUUGAAAACACAUUUGAGAAUGAGAGAGAAUUAUCAUGUCUUAACUGCUGGCCACCAUGAAAAAUAUGACUGUAGUGAUGAGCAUCAAAGCAGUAUCUUCUUGGAUAGUGAGCCAGAAGUUUCUUUUACAGAACACAUUGAACAGUCUUCAUAUAAGGAAACUUGGAAAAUUUCAAAGAAGGCCUCUAAUGAUAUGUGUAACAGACACAUGACAAAUGAUGCAGAGAAAACAAGUGCUUAUGGAAUUUUAUCUACAGCUGUUAAUCACAGUGCCCAGGCUGAUCUAUAUAUUGCAAACAGAACCAACAAAUGUGGUAUUUGUGCCAAAUGGUUUGCAAGGUCUGGCGAUCAGGAGACACCGUCAUUAAUUCACACUGGAAUUAAACCUCACAAAUGUGAAAUUUGUGGGAAAUCUUUUACUUUGUUACGCAGUCUCAAGAAGCAUUCAUUAAAUCACACUGGAAAGAAACCUCACAAAUGUGAGAUUUGUGGAAAAUGUUUUGCUAGAUCAGAUUGUCUCAAGACUCAUGAAUUAAUUCACACUGGAAAGAAAUCUCACAAAUGUAAGAUUUGUGGAAAAUGUUUUGCUAGAUCAGAUUGUCUCAAGACUCACGAAUUAAUUCACACUGGCAAGAAACCUCACAAAUGUGAGAUUUGUGGAAAAUGUUUUGCUACAUCAGGUUGUCUCAAGACUCAUGUAUUAAUUCACACUGGAAAUAAAUCUCACAAAUGUGAGAUUUGUGGAAAAUGUUUCUCUACAUCAGGUUAUCUCAAGACUCAUGUAUUAAUUCACACUGAAAAGAAACCUUACAAAUGUGAGAUUUGUGGGAAAUGUUUUGCUACAUCAGGUUAUCUCAAGACUCAUGUAUUAAUUCACACUGGAAAGAAACCUCACAAAUGUGAGAUUUGUGCAAAAUGUUUUGCUACAUCACGUUGUCUCAAGACUCAUGUUUUAAUUCACACUGGAAAUAAGUCUCACAAAUGUGAGAUUUGUGGAAAAUGUUUUACUACAUCGGGUUAUCUCAAGACUCAUGUACUAUUUCACACUAGACAGAAACCCUACAAAUGUGAGAUUUGUGGGAAAUGUUUUGCUACAUCAGGUUCUCUUAAGACACAUGUAUUAAUUCACACUGGAAAGAAACCCUACAAAUGUGAGAUUUGUGGAAAAUGUUUUACUACAUCGGGUUAUCUCAAGACUCAUGUACUAUUUCACACUGGACAGAAACCCUACAAAUGUGAGAUUUGUGGGAAAUGUUUUGCUACAUCAGGUUCUCUUAAGACUCAUGUAUUAAUUCACACUGGAAAGAAACCCUACAAAUGUGAGAUUUGUGGACAAUGUUUUACUACAUCGGGUUAUCUCAAGACUCAUGUACUAUUUCACACUGGACAGAAACCCUACAAAUGUGAGAUUUGUGGGAAAUGUUUUGCUACAUCAGGUUCUCUUAAGACACAUGUAUUAAUUCACAAUGGAAAGAAACCCUACAAAUGUAAGAUUUGUGGGAAAUGUUUUGCUACAUCAGGUUAUCUCACGAAUCACAUACUAGUUCACACUGGAAAGAAACCUCACAAAUGUGUGAUUUGUGGGAAAUCCUUCGCUAGGUCAGGCACUCUCAAGAGGCAUAUAACAAUUCACACUGGAAAGAAACUUCACAUCUAGAAAAGACCUCACAAAUGUGAUAUUUGUGGCAAAUCAUUUACUACAUCAGGUGAUCUCAAGACACAUGCGUUAGUCCACAUGGGAAGGGGACCUCACAAAUGAGAUAUCUGUGACAAAAGUUUCACUCAGUUGGGUACUUUCAAGACACAUGCAUUACUUCACAUCAGAAAGUAACUACAAGUAAUUGUUAGUUUACGCAAAUAGAUAUUCCUGGUUGGUGCCCUAAAGGCCUAUAAAAUAAUGAAUGUAGUAGGGGGACAAUAAAUUGUAAUGCCUGUGAAAUAACAUUAAAGUGUUGCAGAAUUGUGAAAACAGUGCAAUAAUCUGUACUAUAUUGAGGUAAGAGAUAAUGUGAAAUAUAAAAAUCGCUAUCUGCAGCUUGAGAUGUUAAGAAAUUGUAUUACUAAA